UGCCUUAUUUAUUUCUUUAUUUGGUAAGAAAUAAGAUAAGAGUAUCCAUCUCACAGGAAGGUAGUAAGGAUUAAAUAAGAUCAUUGAUCAAUCUCCUAACACAGAUGGUAGGUGCUUGAUAACAGGCUUUAGAAUCAAGGAAGUAAGGCAGGAGGAGGACCCACAGUGACUCUGAUAACUCAAUGCCCUUUGAGUUUCAUGGCCAAGUUCUUAUUUGGGAUUCAAAAAGAUUGUUGUUCAUUUUUCUUGUUUCUGGCUUCUUGAGUUCACGUUUCCUGGUCCAGAUCAGGCACGGUCUUUAAGGCCACUCUCAUACUGCUGAACUUCUCAGACCCCUGAUAUAGAACCCCUUCGGCUAUCCAAGUUGUGGCUGCUUCCUGAUGGUCAGGAACUAUAUCAUGCUUGACCAGUUGUACAUCAGGUGUGUGGGUCAGAGCCUGGCACACAGGAUGUGCCAGGAGAUAGGCAUUGAAUGAAGGGACCUAUCGAAGUCUUAUUGCCCCUCAAAGUGAGUCUGAAAGACGAACAGAUGAAGAAAAAAGAAACGUAGAACUUCUUCAUAACCAAAACCCAUAACAUCUACCAACCAAGACCCAGUUUCUUCCCUGUAUAGGGGACGCUCGUUUAGUCUUAACUCAGGUAAGCCCCGCUAGUCACAGGGGUUUGUCUCUCCUGCUGCUUCAAAGACCAACAGGAAUAGUCAUGCCCUCAGUGUGGGUACGUCAACAAGGAGGCCAAACCGUGUCAAGGUACAAACAUCUGAUGGCUAAAAGGACUUCUGUUUUUAAAAAAGUAAUAAAAAGCUUCUGUCCUCCCACCAACAGCCAAGCUGAUAUCAAAGAGCCGAGACAUUCCUUUCAUGAGGUGAGGAGCUCCUAAUGGCAAACUCAACAUCUGCGUAACAGGAUGACAGCACAGCAAUAGGUAGAGAACCAGGGAGGUGAGGUGCAAGAAUUGAAGCAACACCCACCUGGGCUGGAUGUAAAAGGGCCAGGAGGGAAGGGGGUUACCACACUCAGUGGCUUGGCCUUCCCAGCUGCAGCCUCAGCCCAACACCAUGACUUCCUCCUGCAUCAGCUCAUCCCACUGUCUGGGCAGCACCAGGACUUUUGGAGCCAGAAAUGUCUCCGUGUGCUCCAGUGAUGUUGGGGACCAGCCUGGGGCUGAGGCCAAGGCUGCCUCCCUGUGCCUCUCGGCCACCCAGGCACAUACCAACCGAGUCUGCGUGGGGACGACCCCUCUGGGCCGACCCAGCCUCUGUCUGCCCCACAGCUGCAACGCUGCUUGCCCCUUGCCAGGGACCUGUGACAUUCCUGGCAACAUUGGUACCGGUGGGACCUACGGCGAAAGCACCCUGAAUAGCCAUGAGAAGGUGACCAUGCAGUUCCUGAACAACCGCCUGGCCAACUACCUGGAGAAGGUGCGCCAGCUGGAACGGGACAACGAGGAGCUGGAGACCAAGAUCCUAGAGUCGAGCAAAUGCCAUGAGUCCAGCGUGUGCCUGGACUACCAGAACUAUUUCCGGACCAUGGAGGAGCUCCAGCAGAAGAUCCUGUGCAGCAAGGCUGAGAACGCCAGGCUGAUUAUCCAAAUUGACAAUGCCAAACUGGCUGCCGACCACUUUAGAAUCAAGCACGAGAGUGAGUGCGCCCUGCGCCAGCUGGUGGAGUCGGACAUGUGCGGGAUGCACAAGCUGCUGGACGACCUGAGCCUGGCCAAGGCCGACCUGGAGGCCCAGCAGGAGUCCCUGAAGGAGGAGCUGCUCUGCCUGAAGAGCAAUCACGAGCAGGAAGUGAGCAGUCUGAAGAGUCAGCUGGGGGACAAGCUCCGGAUUGAGCUGGACACUGAGCCCCCCGUGGACCUGGGCAGGGUGCUGGGGGAGGUGCGGUGCCAGUACGAGGCCAUGGUGGAGACCAACCACCGCGACGUGGAGCAGUGGUUCCAAGCUCAGUCUGAAGGCAUCAGCCUGCAGGCCACGUCCUGCUCCGAGGAGCUUCGGUGCUGCCAGUCGGAGAUCCUGGAGCUGAGACGCACCGUGAACGCCCUGGAGGUGGAGCGCCAAGCCCAGCACAACCUGAAGGACGGUCUGCAGAACUCCCUGUGUGAGGCCGAGGCCCGCUACGGCACGGAGCUGGCCCAGAUUCAGAGCCUGAUCAGCAACGUGGAGGAGCAGCUGUCCGAGAUCCGGGCGGACCUGGAGCGGCAGAACCAGGAGUACCAGGUGCUGCUGGACGUCAAGGCCCGGCUGGAGGGCGAGAUCGCCAUGUACCGGAACCUUCUGGAGAACGAGGACUGCAAACUCCCCUGCAACCCCUGCUCUACACCUGCCUCCUGCGCCCUUCGCCCACGGUGCGGGCCGCCCUCCACCGGUGGAGCCAGUGCUGAGAGCUGAUUCUGCAAGUCUGAGUCCUGUGCGGGAGGUUGGCGCUGGUUGCAGCGGGGCUGGGAUUGCCCUCGCCUUACUUGGUCUUCUUCCCAGGAAGCCAUUUCCACUGAAUCAAAGGGUAGCAGAUCCUGCAAGCAGUGGCUUCCUGUUUGUGCCUUAAGCUGAUUUUUUUUUGCAAUGUUACAAUUAUCUUCCACUUAAGCUGCUAUUUUUUCCCCAGUGUCUCUUCUGGGAUUUUGGUUCUAUUCCAGUGCUUCAAAAUCUCCUAAAAUGUAAUUGGGCUCCUGUAUUAAAUGGUCAAUAAAUCUCCUUCCUGUAUCGAGUGCUAUCCUUCCUGUGUGUGGCAGUGUCUGUGGGGUGCCUGGCCCUCAAGCCCUCAGGUGGUCAUUGGCCCUGACGUGUUGCUGCCGGGAUCUCUCUGGGGCACUGGGGUCUUAGCCUCUGGAUGAUGUGUCCUUGCCUUGCCCAUCGAUCCCUAGAGACUAGGAAAGGAAACCACGCUGGUUGCCAAGUUUGAAUUCCUUCAGAACACCUCGGAACCAACAUGCCCCUACCGUGCUUUUGGCGUCUUCAGCCUCCUGGUAUUUUGUCCAACAGCAAAAUCGCACAACUCAGAGUUCCAAUCUAGUCAGAGGGAGGUUGUGUUGAGAACCGCCUUGGCCAAGUUACCAAGUUUUUUCUCUUAUUCAGAUUGGCCCCUUCAUGGAGGCACAGUAUUCCCACCUGCUUUUAGAGAUGGAGGCUCAGAUUGGGCCCUGGGGACAGUUGUCUUGGUCCUGGCCCUCUUCCGGGAUGGAAUUUUCUCUAGAGAGACACUGCCACUGAUGUGCAUGCUUGUCUCCUCUGCUGCUGCCUUCCAAGUGCUGGUAGAGGGGACUGCAGUUGUCAUGAGAGCUCUGGGUGCCUCCCUGCCUCUUGGACGUGGCUCUGACACAGGCCAAGAUGGUUCACAGCCAGACCUGGUGGAAGAGUGGAAGGGGAACAACACCCGGGCUGUGUUCCUUCCAUGCUGUGCUGGUCAAUGCACAAUGUGGCUUUUGGCAAGUGCUGAGUGUGUCUAGAAGAGUGAAGCUCUCAGAUCUCAGCUUGCCCAUGUACCCUGGUCCAUAGACCAAUGCAAAGCCGGUCCUUCUUUGUGGAGCAUAGUAUGGUGGAAAGAGCAUGUGCACCGGACUCAGGCAGACCUGGGCUCAAAUCCCACCUCUGUGACACGAGCUGAGUGAAGACGCUCUCUUAAGAUCUAUUCCUCAGCUGUAAAAUUAGAAUACCUGUAUUUCCCUCUCACUGUUGUUGAGGGACAAUCUAUAAAAUAUUCCUGGCACAUAGAAGAUGCUCAAUGGAUAUCGGUUUAUGGGGCUCCCUGGGAACCAGCAGGGACAGUCUUCUCCUGCAGGGAAACAGGAGCUAAAGAGGAGGGAGCAGAACCAUCAGCAGCAUCAGGGGCCAAAUAUUCCCAGGUUGGUGGCCUGGAAGUUUGGCCAGACUCCUGUCCGCUUAUAAGCAAUAAUGAAAACUACCCACUGUUGUUACCGGAGCUGUUUCUCACUCCAAGUGGCCUAACAAAAAUCCAAAAAGCAUUCUCUGGGCUGUCAUAGGACAAGAGUGCCCAGUGGACUCUUGUGGGCUUCCUUCUAAAAAGUAACCCCUAAAAGUCAUAUGUUUUAAGGAGUGGCCAUGACCCCUUCAUGUGACGGGGCCAUGAAAAUCUGACCUGUCCUCUGCUUACCUGGCCAGGUCACUCCCUGAAUGAACCCUAAUUAUGGGACCCCCAUGGCUACCAGUUGUGGCAGGAAACGCUAUUCAGACACAAGGGGACUGCAGGCUAGGGAGGCUGGCAGGUGGCUAACCAGCCCGGCCCAGGCAUCUGGAUGUUGUGGUUUUACUCACAUCCAUUGUUACUAUCUGAGGGCUCAGGAUUCCCUCUGGCACCAAAUCCAAGGACUUCUCUUCUUACAGGGUGAGUCUCCCGUCUGCAGGUUAUGUUCCUCUCUUCCCUCCCUGCGUCACGUUACCCUCACGGCUUGGACUGCUGUGGGCCCUAGAUGCUGUAUCUGGUUUUGCUUUGCCCAUAACAAGUUCAGCCGGAUUGACUGAUCAUUUUCCUGCCCCUGAGGCUUUUGCUCCCUUGGCUUGGGACCAGAUCCAGUUUUGAGCCCCCUGGAAAGCUCUAAGCCCAUUAGCCCUGGUUCCCAGCGCUGCACUCCCUACGUGCUGAUUUAUAGUGUUUCUUUCCAGGCUUCACAUAGUAACAUGGGUCUCUCUAGGCCCCUCCUCUUAUCGCCUGUUUUUCAACUCCAAAUUCUAUUUUCCCCCAAUCCCAGCAAAGUGUUAAGGAGUAGGAUGGCUAGUGCAGGCUCCUGGGGGCAGAUGCUGGCAGUCACUGAGAGUGUUCUGGGAAAGGACCCACAUUUCUGUCCCCACCACUGUCUAUACCGAGAACCCAAGAAAAUCAAGAUGGAAUUCCUGACUUUCCAGAACAUGCGCACUUUUAAUUUAGACACUGUUUUUUUUGCGGUCCAUGAGGUGUGAUACCUAAGGUCGUGCGUCACCUUCCCCUCAUCAUCUUCGCUGCAUCUUCCUGACUAAGAACAAAAUCAAAUCCCUCCCUUCUGAUGGCCGCUGGUAGUAACCUCCAUGAGCUCAUCUUACUCAACCAUUUUCCUUUGUCUGUUUUUCAUCUAAUUCUGUUCUCAACCUUUUUCUCAACCAUGCCUUGCCGUUUAAUAAACACAGAAAAACCCCUCACCUCCUCGCUUAAUGUUGUUUUAACUUUCACAAACUCAUCUCAUGACUAAAAGCCAGCUCAUGUAGAAUACAGGUUGUGUUUGUUUUCAUAGGACACUUGCUCCAACGAAAAUAUCUUCCCUGUCACCUGUUUUGGAGGUUGCCAAUGCCACCUCCCCUGUGCCAAGGGGGAGGGGACUCUCCCACUCCUGUCAGGUAUGAGUCCCUGAGCUAACUCAACCGCCCUGCCUGCCUGCCAGGUGGAAGAAAUCUCAGCAGCUCGGGAGAAUUUCUCAGCGCGUCCAAAGAGCCCGGGCUGCUCUCUCCUGGCUCCGGGCCUUGACCUCUGACCCCCGGGGGGGCAGUCCCACUCAGCUACACUCACACUCUGCAAGCUUGAACUCAGCUUCUCCCCCUGAGCCAGCUUUUUGCCUUGACUUCCCUUCCCACCACGUUAUUGUCCUAGGAACCUCGGGGUGACCUCAAGGACACUUUUGCUGUCCCUCCCUCCUUUGACCCCAAAUACAACAAUCUGCUCAGCCUUGCAGAGUUUCGGUAGAGUCGUUUUGUAACAUCUCUGCCCUCUGUCCCUUCCCUCCUGGCAGCACUGCUGGGGGCUGGAUUUGGUUUCCAUCACAUGCUGUCAGGGUUCGUGUAAGAGCCCCCUCCUGCCCUGUCUCUCCUGUGCCGAGUUCACCCUGCAUACACCGCCAGCGCUUCACUCUGUCGUUGAACAUGUCUGGGCUAUAUAUUACACACUACGCAGUGCAUUCGUACUAGAGAGCCUGCAAAGUGGAGAUCCGGCAUUCCCACCCCAGGGUGCAUCCUGCACACUAAACUCAUUUUCCUAAACUGCUACUUUGAUCAUCUCUCUUGUCUGCUCGAAAGCCUCCAGAGGACUCUGAUCUGCCUUCUGCUGUAUUUCACCAGCUCUUUAGACAAAUGUGGGGCCCAGAGCAAGACCUCGGCACCCACUUGUUGAAUGAAUCUAAUGGAUGGACUGGAUGUCUGUGGCUGCUGCCUGGGGGCCUGGGCUUGGCGCGUGGGUGGCCUGGUAGAGCAAAAAGAACUUGGGCUUAAGGGUCUGGCAGCCCUGAGCUGAUGUUUCAAAGACUGUGCUUUCUAGCUCUGUGAGCUCAGACAAGUUAUUUAACUGCUCUGAGCUUUGUUUUUCUUAUUCUUCAACAUGAUACUUGAAACUCCUUUGCAGUGUAAGGAUUAAAAGGUGAUUAUAUAUAAAACAUGUGGCACAAUACCCGGAGGCACAUAGUAGGUAGUCAAAUAUGGUGGGGUAUAAGGACUUUGAAUAUAUAGACGUGAGUGAGUGUGUGUGUGUGUGUGUGUGUGUUUGUGUGUGUAUGAGAGAGAGAGAGGCAGAAUUAAAUGAAAUCCUGCAUGUUGAGCGCCAUGCGAGAUUCCAAGCAUAUGGUAAAUGUUAGUGCAUCUCACUCUCUUGACCUUUCUCCGUCCUCUGCAAAUGUUGUCUUCAUGUGGACUGGCUUCUUACCACAGGCUUGACAAACACGGCACAGGUUUCCCCUGCUGUCCCUCCCUUCUCCUUCUGUCUUAGAUGUUCUCAUGAAACAAACCUCCGCGAAGAAGAGCAAACCAGGAAAACAAACAAAACCUUCUUUUUAUGUUGAAGAAAAUGAAAACAACAGAUUUGAAAUGCGGUCAUUCAAACACCGGCUCCUCCUGAACUAAAUACUGUUUUGUUACAUCGCGCUUCACCUACAUGGCGUGACAGUCAAAGCUCGUCUAUUUCUGUAGAGCGACGGCUCUGUUCUCACAGUGUGGUCCUCAGACCAGCAGCCUCAGUGUCACCUGGGAACUUACUAGAAAUGUAGACUCUCGGGCUGACUGCAGGCCUACUGAAUCAGAAACUCUGGCCCUGGGCCUGGCAAUCUGCAUUUUUGCCAGCCAUCCAGUUGAUUCUGAAACAGGCUAAAGUUUGAGAAUCACCAGUGUAGAUGUAAUGAAAAUAUAAGGAGCAUUAA